AUGCCCACUUUAUUGCGCAAGUUGGCCGUCGUCGCCGCGGUUGAUGGCCUCAUACUGCAUGCGCAAGCCAACGGUGCGCGGCAUAAUACCGGAAGUGACAAUGAGACCUCAGCUAUCCGAAUUGAUUAUAAGACGAACAAAAUCACAGCGCUGCCUACUUCUGCCUCGGAAUCACUCGACGGAAAGGACGCCUUGGAGGCCUAUGGUUUAGUGGGUCUUUUGUCUGUCGCUUCAUACUCAUUCAUCAUUUCCAUCACGCAGCGCCAGCAGGUGGCACAGAUUCAAGGCCACCCGAUCUAUACCGUAACCAACGUCGCGAUUAUUCCGACCACGUCCCAAGCAGAUGCCUCCCGCGCAAUCGCCCAAGCUAAGAAAGAAUCAUCGCAGGAGGAGGCUGCCUUUGACUCGUCUUCAGACGAAGAUGACCUUCCCGACAACGAAACUGACACAGCCGAGGCGGAGGCGGAGAUCGGCAGCUUGCCAUCGUCGCCCACCCGCAGCACACCUCACGCCCGCGGGAACAGUGUCAGUAGUAUCGCCGAAGAUGUGCUUGUGAAGAAGGUCCGCUUUGGCAGGUUUGCCGCCAAUUGGCUGUCCCGCAGGAACCUGGGCUUGCCUAGACCAGGCGCUCUGGAGCCGGACGUACCAGACUCUCCCUUUGAUGGAGCUUCCCGCUCUUCUGGCGACGCCAGUGAGGCAGCGCAUGAUGCUAUGGAAGAAGUUCUCGCUGAAGGGGUUGAGGCUCAAAGCAAGGCUGAAAACCCCAAGUACGGGCAAGCUGCGGAAUUGUUACCGAAGCUGCUACGGUAUACGAAGCUUUUGUUUGCAUCGCAUAACUUUUCCUUUGCAUACGAUUAUGAUCUUACACGCUCUUUGCAUAUGCAGGAAGCUCGGAGAGAUCGACUUCCUCUCCACAAAUUGGUGGAUCCAUUGUACUUUUGGAACAGACAUUUGAUGAACGCAUUUAUCGAUCAUGGAGCUCAUGGCUUUGUUCUGCCGCUCAUUCAAGGUUUUGUCGGUCAACGAGAAUUUACAGUCGCUGGCGCUGGAAAGAAGCAAUCGAAAGACUCCUCAGAGGAACUAUCUGAAGGUCGAAUUCUCGGUGAAAAGCAUGAGGCUGAAGCUGCCGAAGUUGAUGACAGCAAGCGUGACUACCUUUUGACCCUCAUCUCUCGACGGUCCGUCAACCGACCGGGUCUUCGCUACCUGCGCCGUGGUGUUGACGACGAGGGCAACACUGCCAACACAGUGGAGACUGAGCAGAUCCUCUCAGUGCCGGAUUGGGCUCCUUCUCACUCCGCCUACUCUUAUCUGCAGAUCCGCGGUUCGAUCCCUCUCUACUUCUCUCAGUCACCAUACGCAUUGAAGCCAAUUCCCGUGCUCCAUCACUCUGCAGACACCAAUCUGCUUGCCUUCGGCCGACACUUCCGAGAACUCAGCCGACGAUACGGGAAAGUUCAAGCAGUUUCUCUUAUUGACAAGCUCGCAGGUGAACUGAAGCUAGGAGAGCAAUAUGAAAGAUAUACCGAAUCAUUCAACGCUGCAGGUGGCAUUGACGGGACCCCGGUGCAACUGGAAUGGUUUGACUUCCAUCGCGAAUGCCGGGGUAUGAAGUUCGAAAAUGUAUCGCGGCUGGUCGAUCGUCUGCAGGAUACUUUGAACGAAUUCUGCUACACCAUUGUCACUGACAAUAGUAUACUGCAAACCCAAAAGGGCAUCAUCAGGACCAAUUGCAUGGAUUGUCUCGAUCGCACUGGUGUUGCUCAGUGUGCAUUUGGCCAAUGGGUCCUUGAACAUCAGCUUGAGAACGAAGGAAUUGACAUUGAUCUCGGCGGUGACUCUGCUACUCGAUGGUUCAAUACGCUUUGGGCAGACAACGGGGAUGCCAUCUCCAAGCAGUAUUCAUCGACCGCGGCUCUGAAAGGAGAUUACACUCGCACACGCAAGCGAGACUAUCGGGGUGCCCUCAAUGAUUUUGGGUUGACCCUCUCCCGCUAUUAUAACAACAUAGUCAACGACUUCUUCUCCCAAGCUUGCAUCGACUAUCUCCUAGGCAAUGUCUCAACGCAGGUCUUCGACGAGUUCGCCAUUGAACUUCAGACCACGGAUCCAGGGGUCUCAGUCCAAAAGCUUCGCCAGAAUGCCAUUGACACCAGCUGCAAGAUCGUCAUCAGCAGCCCGUCCGAAGAAUUCCUAGGCGGCUGGACCAUGUUGACACCCCGUCAACCAAAUACUCUUCGUACCCUGCCUUUUGAGGAAUCAGUUCUGCUGUUAACCGACGCCGCGGUCUACAGCUGCCGCUUUGACUGGGAGACCGACAAAGUUCGCUCAUUUGAACGGAUUGAUCUGCGCUCUAUCUCCCGCAUCCACUAUGGUACAUAUAUCACGUCCAUUUUGACAGAUAGUCAAGCCAACGAGGAAAGCAACGUCGGUCUCGUCAUUGUCUACCGCGAUGGGGACAUCAACACUCUCCGUGUCAACACUCGGUCCCUACAAAGCGAUGUCGAUCUAAGCACCUUGGAGACCACCACAAGUGCCAACAGUGAAUGGGACCUUGUCUCCUGGCUGCGUGGGAGCAAGCGUUCCGCGACUCGCUUCGUCGCAUUCAAGGGUCUACCACUGUUGAACUCAGUAUCCAGUUCGAGGCUUGGUGCUAGCGCAGCAACAGUUCGUGAGAGGGAUCGGAUCCGUUCGAUCUGCUUGGAUAUUGAGCGGGCUAUGUUUGCAGGCCAGGGUCGUGAUAUUGAUGCAGCUUCUGCUGUGGAGGAGUCUGAUAUCAUAUCCUCGGCUGAUGCCAAAAAGAGGACUGGAUGGUUGGAAUAUCUUGUCUAUGAUCUGAAGAAGAUGGUUUGGGCAUGA